GCACCAUCAGAAUUUCGAAGAAAAAUUCAACAACCAUGCACAAAGCUGAGCUCAGAAUCAAGCAAGGCUUUAAAGGAAUUAGCCUCAGCCAUCAAAAACAUGACACACCCAUCUUCUUGUGAUCUCCAUCUUCAAAACUCCAAAGCAGCUGCUGAGGAAUUGAAAAUUGCAUUAGAGGCUUCUCCACCA